GCCCACAGCAAGACAGGGCACCUUGCGCGAGGACAGCAGUGACCGCGGCGGUCGUUCCAUUCUGUGCUGGCCCUUCUCAUGAACUCCUGCUUCCAUCAGGACCCAGGGUCAACACUGAGGCGCCGGUCUGCAUUUCCCAGCAACAGGCGGGUUGGCAAGGCGGCACUGCCCUUGGGGAGGCCACAGUCCUUUCUGCCAAUGGAACAUGCAGCAGCCACAGCCCCCAGGCCGAGACCCCCACCUGGGGCCACUGAGAAUGUUCUGCCCCAAGCAGAGGACUGGGCAGCCUGCCUCAAGACAGAGCUUCCCUCGGAUCUGGAGCUGAGUGAGCAGCGGUGCCUGCAGAUCUCCAAGGAGUUGGUUGACCUGCAGAUCUCAGCUCACCACAUGCGGGAGCAGCAUGAGGCUGAACUCUUUGAGCUGAAGAGUGAGGUCCUACGGCUGGAGAGCCGAGUGCUGGAGCUGGAGCUGCAUGGAGAUCGCAUAGCCCCCCAAGAGGCUGCCUUGGGGCGCCGCCAGGAGCUGGCACGGGGGCUCCAACACAAGGCCUGGGAGCAGGGACACUCCAUCCACCAUAGACCCCAGGUCGCCGCACAGCCUGAGGACUUUCUGAGCCCUAAGGAUGAACAGCAGAAGCUGGGGAAGAGCGGAGAAUGGAAGCGCGCGCUGGAGGAGCACAAGGCCCAGAGGCAGGCACUGGAGACCCGUGUGGCAGACCUGGGCCAGAGGCUGCAGGGAGCCCGAGAAGAGGCCCGGACAGCAGGGCAGCAACUAGCGGCACAAGCCAUGGUGAGGCCGGGCCUCCCCACGUUGAGGUCUAGCAGGUGGCAUCCUACAGUCAGCAAAGGCCCACCUCGUGGAGUGUGGGUUCAAGGUCGCCUCCACCCCCAGGUGUUGUCUGCCUGCCAAGGCCAUCUGCGCCAGGCGGAGGCAGAGAACGCCCAGCUGCAGCUGCAGCUCAAGAAGCUGAACGAAGAGUAUGCCCUCCACUUGCAGCGCUGUGCCCGAACCGUGGCCGAGUACGCGAAAGGCGCCGGCCAGGAGCCGGCAGCCGCCGCCCUCCGCACAUUCCUGGAGACCACUCUGGAGCACAUCCGGGCAGCGCACCGCAGCCGUGAGCAGCAGCUGGCCCGGGCUGCUCGUGCCUACCGCAAGCGCCUGUCAGAUCUGAGCCGUAGACACGAGGAGCUGCUGGCGACCCACAGUGUGCAGCAGGUGCUGGCAGACUCCAGUGGGCACCUGGGACCCCCCAAAGCUACUUUUGACGCAGCCACCUUACACCUGGAACCCCGGUCUCUGCACCUGGUCACCAAACUCGGCCACCCAGAAGACCGGGCCAGGCAGGAAACAAAGCUCCGGAAGCUGCAGGCCCAGCCUGCCUCGUGCAGCCGACUGGGAGUCCCUAGCACAGCUCACCAGGCUCAUGCUGCCACCCUUGUUCCUACAGAAGGGGCCCAAUGAAGCCUCCCUGGGGGUCACAGACCCACAGUGAGUACCCUGGGGUGGGUAGUGGGGGGACCUGAAGGGGGUCAUUCAUUUAUUCCCCAACUCUAAGCCCUGGGUGGUGUGUUUUGGUGGCAGUGGGUGAACAAGGUGGCCCACCUGUGGCCUUGGGUUUUGGUCUGUAUGGGAGACGGCCAAAUGCCUGGGGGAAGGGGGGGCCCGACAGGAGAGGGGCUAACAUUGAAUGGAGGGCCAGGGAGAUCCCCGGAGAAAGGGACCUUGCAGUGAAACCUAGAGUACCUAAGGAUGAAGAGGUGUGGGGGAUGGCUAGUAGAGGCUCUGGCCCGGGAUGGGGGUGGACAGGACAGAAGCAUGUUGCCUGGUGACUUUCACAGCCCUUGCCUCUGGGCCUCCAUGUUCCUGUGCAAUGCACAAGGCCUUGUGUCAGAGAUAUAAACCCCUAGAAUGUGGCUUUGCCCUCUGAGCAGCCGGCCGGUGGGCCCUCUGGGCCUGGGUUGCCCUGCCCCCACGUACCGAUGGACAGCUCAAAGUCCCAAACAGGGUUGAGUGGACACGCGGGCACAUGUUGUCCUGACCUUGCUCCCAGCAGGCAAGUCAGGGAUCUAAGGUCCCAACUUGAGCAAGGUCAUCGGUCAACACCUGAGAGGACGGUGGCCCUCCUGCCUGUCCCUCUCUCUCCUCACAGAGGCCAGGAAGUUGCCUCCUGGGCCGAGAUCCACCAGAAGCU